AUGAAAGCGUCGCAAUUGUAUCUCAUGCUAAUUAUCAAGCUGAUGAAAUUGUUCAUCGGAGAAGGUAAUAUAUAUUGGAUGAGUUACUGGAAAGAAGAAAUACAUGCCGACUGUUUCUUCAUCGAUCUGCAUUAUUUUUGUCAUCAAAUUAAUCAAAUCAGCCAUCACAAAACACUAUGCACACAUGGUAAAUUGUGGAGUUUCGAAAAGCUCAAGGCAUACAAAAUCACAACUGAGAACUUGAUCGAUUGGGCGAUUCCAUUUGAUCUAAUCGGACAAUAUGCUGAUUAUUCGAACAACGAUGGAAAUACUACACUAGCCGGGCUCAUGAUAUGCAACUGUACGACUAAUUGGAAAGGUAGAGAGUGCGAUUACAGCGUUCCACAGCGAUUUGCGAAUCCAGGUAACCUACUUAGCAAGCAAUAUAAAGCCACUGGUCAGAAUAUGAAUGAAACUCUAACAAAAUUCAUCGAUGGUAUCGUGUGCACCAAUGCGCAUCUCUUUCUCGAGUGGCGACAUAUCUGUGAUGGUGUAACCCAAUGUUCCAACGGCGCCGACGAAUACCAAUGUGAUUUACUAGAAUUUCACGAAUGCGAAAAAGAUGAAUUCCAAUGUCGCAAUGGAAUGUGUGUAUCGAUCGACUUUGUAUUUGACGCCAUGCCAGAUUGUAUGGACUCGAGUGAUGAACAGUCGACAGAAGAAAUGCGUACUUCUUACUACAGCUGCUCAGGAAAAGCAUCAGUUAAUUGUGAUAAUCGACUGUGUCGAAAAGAUGAAUUUUCUUGUGGAAAUGGCGAGUGUAUUCCUUGGACAUCUAUUGUACAAGAUAAUAAAGGCUGUAGUAAUCGUCGUCAAGCAGCCUAUAUUUGUGACACAAUGGAUUAUAAAAAAGAGUUAUCUGACGAACUCUUUGGAAUUUGUUCAGAAACAAUGAGGAAACUUUCGCUAUUGACAAAUACGUCUAGUUGUUUGCAAAGUCUUGGCCAUUUACUUCGCAAUCGUUUUGAUAUAAAAUUACGACAACAAGCCUUUGCGAAUAUCAAGGAACGUUGUGAGCAACUUAUUAUCUAUUCCGACAAAAAUGCAUACUUUCCAGGUCUGCAUGUUGUCUACAAUCGUUCUGACAUCGAAGCAUUCUACGACCAACCGAAGAAUUUACAAAAGCGGAUUUCAAGAGCACCACAGCUGUACUAUUUCAGUGGUGAAAUCAAAUGCAAUGGCGUUCAAAUAAAUAUUUCUGACAAGUUUUGGUUCACAUACGAACAACGACAACAGUUUACUAUUUACCCAUUUUUCCCACUAUAUCAUCUAUUAUGUCAGAAAUUUGGAAAUCAAUUUUUGCAAGAUUCUCAUGUGAACAGUUCUCUACCAUCAUCACCAGCAUAUUAUCAAUGUAAAAACACUUCCGACCGAUUGUCAUUACGUCGUGUCAAUGAUGGAUUUAUCGAUUGUCUCCAUGGUGACGAUGAAAGAAAUCCGUAUUAUUCGCCCAAUGAGCUAUUUCGAUACCAGUGUCAAACUGUUACAUUCCCAUUGCAGUACGUUAGUUACUCGAAAUUAGGCGAUGGUAUUGACGAUUGCAUUGAUGGAAGUGAUGAACUAUCUAGACAACUACAUUGGUCACAUUUCAAAUGUGAUUUAAAUGACAGAUACGAGUGUUGGGUGUUUCAAGGUGACCGAUUCAAUGAUUAUCGUAUUCAAAAUGUUCGACUUCACUUUCAUCGUUAUUGUGAUACAAUGUGGGACAUGAUGGACGGCAACGAUGAGAAGAACUGUUCCAAAUGGGUUUGCCAUGUGGAUUCGAUCAGAUGUAAUGGAACAGGACAGUGCAUCGAUCGUGAAUACAUUUGUGAUGGUGAUUUCGAUUGCGACGAUGGUGAGGAUGAAAUAGGUUGCCGUCCACCACGUGAACUAUGGAGUCUUGAAUCAAUAUGUGAUAAGAAAAUCGAAUAUUUUUGCAUCACUAGUCAGUAUGUCAAGAAUCAGAAUACGUCACGGCCAUGUAUCUUUUGGAGUCAAGUAGGUGAUGGGCACAUCGAUUGUAUGGGAGCUCGCGAUGAACGCAAUGUGUUAUCGUGUCCAGUUGACCAUCGAAUGAUUGGUGACCGAUUUCUAUGCGAUAAGCAAACAAAAUGCAUCGAUUAUCUGCUGAUUUGCAACGGAAUCAAGGAUUGUGUAGAUGGAACAGAUGAAUCAAUAUGUUACUGGAAUAUCAGUAAUUGUUUGCCCGGGGCUUUUCCUUGCGCGGAUGAAUCAGGAUGUAAAAGCACUCGAUGUAAAACAAGUCUGGCAUGCUAUGAUAAAUCUCACCGAUUUUGGUGUCCAAAUCCAAACAAUGGUAAUGCAGUAUAUCGCUCACAAAAAUAUAGGACAAUUUUCGAUGAUAAAAGUAGGUGUUAUGAUCAAUCUUACUCGCAAGCAAAAUAUAUAAUUGCACCGCGUUCUACAGGUCAUUAUAUCGGGAAUCGCAUCGCAGAGUCCCCCAUUUACUACGUGUACUGUAAUAAAGGGUUUUAUCUACAAGGAGAUCGUAGGUCAGACUUCUCAUGCUUUUGCCCUCCCAGUGUGUAUGGUGAUCGCUGUCAAUACGACAGCCGACGAGUCACCAUUCGCAUUCGUUUCGACCGAUGGCAUCGACCUGAUAUUCCAAUCGUUCUUGACGUUCUGUUCAUACUUCUACUAAACGAUAGCCAAAUCGUAGAUCAUCACGUUCUCACUGAUGAAAACAAAGAGUAUCCAUCGAAGAAUGAUAUUUAUUUAGUUUAUCCUCGCCCAAAACCGCCAGGUAUUUAUACACUACGAAUAGAGACCUAUCAUUCUGCCGAUUUUCUACAUUUCUGGGAAUAUCCAAUUAGUCCGCUGGACUUCUUACCCGUAUUUCGUAUCGCAAAAGUGCUUCGAUUUCCUGACCGCUCACUUCCAUGGUAUUGUUCGUAUAACCGCUGUGAGAAUAACGGGACCUGUUAUCAAGCAGAAGGGAACCGAUUUCUUUGCAUUUGUCCACGCUCUUGGAAGGGCAAAUUUUGUGACAUCCAGAUGAAUCGAACUGGUUGUGCAUCGAAUUCUCUCGCACGAGCUGAAAAUGUUUGUGUCUGUCCACAUGGUUAUAUGCAACCUCACUGUUUCGUACAGAAUCACAAAUGCCGACGCGUCAUAUGCAGGUCGAACGAAACUUGUGUUCCACGUUCUGAUCUUCCUGCCUAUAGGCACACGUGUAUUUGCAAUGUGACUAACUGUAAACCCGAUCGACCGGUUAUUGUAUUAAAUCGUCAGGAACCAAAUGAAUUACCAUUUCUUGUACAAUUGCUUCAGUUGACAGGUAAUUAUCCUACUAUCCGUCAUCAAAUCAUCAUUCAGCCAUUUACAUCAUUUCCAUGGAUCAAAACCAUCAAAACUCGAGAUAAGCGCGAUUAUGUUGGAUCCCUACCAGAGAUUGGCUUACUCUAUUCAUUUGAAUCUUAUGCAGAUUCAGUACGGAAUACUUUAUAUUUGCUUUUCAUCAAUUGCACGAAUGACAUACGAAACUUUACAGUCGAUUUGGAUCUACAAGCACAAAAAUGUCAUGAAUUUUCUACGGAAGAGCAGCAUUUUGUCGCAGUAUUCCCAGAAUUUUGCCAUAAUUUUACUUACGGCGCUUGUUUUGCAUAUGACGGUUACUUAUGCUAUUGUAAUUAUUCAAAUGGCAAUCAGAGCAACUGCCUAUCGUACCAACGAAGAUACAUAACUUGUGAUUAUUGUCAGAACCAAGGACACUGUGUUCAGGGUGAUCUGACAAAUAAAACUGACUUCGUUUGUGUAUGUCCGAAAUGUGUCACAGGAGUCCUAUGCCAAUUUUCACUGAGUCGUUUCUCAAUUUCACUGGAAUUUUUAUUCGAAAAGAACGAUUGGAAUCGUGGCCAUUUCAUAGCACCAGUCAUUCUAUUUAUUCUCGGCAUGAUCCUUAACUCUUUGUCGCUUAUCACUUUCACACAUAAGAAACUUCGCACAAGCGGAGUGGGCGUUAAACUUCAAGCAACUUCUUUAUGCGGUCUUCUGGUGGUAAUAUUAUUACUUGCAAGAAUAACUUAUCUCUACAUGGUACGAAAGAUCAUCAUGCUGCACCGAAUAAGUAUCGUAAUGUGCAAAGCUCUGCCCAUGCUGAUGUAUACUUUCUAUUAUACUACUCUAUGGUUAAUGACGACGGUGACAGUGGAAAGAGCAUUGGCUACAUUACAAUCCUCCCUAUGGUCGCGACUACAAGACUUCAAAAUAUCCAUUUCUUUGGUGUUGCUAAUUAUUUUCAUUGUUUCAAGUUCGAAUUACAUAUUCAUCAGCCAGUACGAGCUGGUCAAUCACCCCGAUUACAUCUUUCCCUGGUGUAUACGUGAAAUUCCGCUCAAUCAACAACUGUUCACACACAUACUGACUCUUUUUCACCAAAUAAUACCAUUUCUAAUCAAUAUCAUAGCUGCAUUGAUUAUCAUUGUAAUGAUCACUCGAUCGAAGAUGCAUGCUUAUCGGAAAACUAAACGUAGUGCUCUGAGGGAUCAAACACGAAAGCGACUUGAUCUCCUUCUGAGUCCAAUAGUUUGUUUCCUAGCACAAUUACCUGAGAUAAUAAUUCUUUUCUUGAAUGCCUGUGACUAUGAUACUAGCAAUUGGUUCUCACAAGUUAAUCUAUGUAUUUACUAUGUCUCAUUCUUUCCGCAAAUGAGUAUUUUCUUUUUAUACAUCACACCGUCAAAGCAGUACCACGAUAUAUUUACCAAGGAAACUUUAUUGGGCCAAGGCAUAACUUACAUGUUACACUCGUCGAUUGUUCUUUCCAGACAGACAAAUACGUGA